AUGUCUACCUCUACUCUCCGAUCCCCCUACCCUUCUAAGGAGGAUAACCUCUCUUACCAGUUGUGCGACCUUGCAGCUUUUGAUAUCGACCAUAUCGAUGCUAAGAAGGAUGAUAUUGAGGAGAUCGCUCGGGACAAUACCCAAUUAUUGAUCAAUCGCAUUUUUGAUCUCCGUACUGAGUCUGCUGGCAUCGCUGAAGGGCCCGUCUUCGCCACUCUGCCAGAGGCGACUCAGCUGGCUCGUCAGCCUGAUGGUUUGGUUGUCCGACUUCCUCGUGAGAAGCCUCUCCCGAAACCUAAGCCGAUGACCAGGUGGGAGAAGUUUGCGAAGGAUAAGGGUCUGGACGAUAAGAAGAAGCGCAGUAGAAUGGUGUGGGAUGAGACUUCUAAGGACUGG